CUUUGAGCCUUCCAUCACUCCUGCACCAGCGCAAACUCGACACCGCCCUGCUUCGCGCGGUCUCGCGAAACACCACUUCAACGUCGUGGCUGUAAGCCGAAUCAUUCGAGACCUUCCCAUCCAGCCCUUAUCCUCCGGCCAGGAACGGCCGUUCCGCCCGCUUUGUAUCCGUUCGCUUAUUACAUCCUGGAUACGUUCACUUCCCUAGACAAUCACACGUCUCCGCCGCCUCAACUCACUGCGAAAUUUCCAAGUGCUAACUUAUCUUCAUCAUGAUAGGGCCUGGUACCCAGCCUCUGAGAAAUCUCCCCUCCGGAAUGUUCCAAAGCCAACAGAAUAGCGCCGCUCGCGGUGCGCCGCUCGGAUCAAGUCGAUUACAGAAUGGAAAGCUGGGCAGUGGCUCUCAAUGGGGCUUCGGGGGACCAAUGGGCGGCGCACCCGGCCUUUCGACCACACAAACACGAGCAAACGGAACUGGACUAUCAAGCUUUGCGCAGACAAUCGGAAGCUCACAGCCUCAUACUCCUCUCAAUCUUGAAGAAUUUCCAUCUUUAUCUGGGGCGCCUCAAGCGCAGCAGAAUACGACGGCACAGCAAAUGUGGUCAAAUCCAAGCCUACGAACGGCACAACACUCGACAAUUCAACGACCGCAGGGACAAUCACAACAGGCCGGACAGGCGUCGAAUGCCCAGCAUCAACAAAUACAAAAUCAGCCCCAUGAAGAUGCGACUGUAGCAGCACAAGGUCGGUUCCCAGCGAUCGGUGAUGAUUAUCGCUUCGGAGGACAAUCAGGCGUAGGGCAAUUGUCUGGCACUUCGCAGCCGCAGACGGGCAAUAUAGAGGAAUUCCCGCCUUUAGGGGGAGGCAAUGAUGUUGGGCCAGACCAAAGGAGUGGUAUGAUUCAGAACGCAGCAUUUGGGGCCGGUGCAACGACAAAUGCUUUUCCAGGUCUGGGCCAAACACGCAACGGUCUUUCAAGUCCGACAGACGGCCCCCAAGAUCGAUCAAUAAAUUCGACUGUUGGCGACAGACCAAUGCACGGCGGUGGAGUGACUCGAACGCAAUUCGAGAGCCUACGAGCGAACCCACCAGGCGUACAAGAUCUUGACAGGAACGGUAACCCAAGAACCGGCCAAGCAUUAGGCAACUUAUCUUUCAUCGGUUCUCAGCUACCACUUCGGAGCGGAGCUAGCGCUGUUCCACCUAUAGGACAGCGACCGCAAGUAGGACAAUAUGAUCAGAAUUUCGCCGCUGAAAAUGUCGGCUCACCAAACACACAACUACCACAACACAAGAAAUUAGCGGACAUGACCGAAACGGAACGAUAUGGCCUUCCCGGUUUAUUGUCCAUGAUACCGUUGGAUAGCCCAGAUUACUCUGCUCUUGCGGUUGGUCAGGAUCUUACAGUUCUAGGACUUGAUCUGAGCCGACCAGAUAAUUCUCCCUUGCACCCUACCUUUGGAUCGCCGUUUGUGGACUCCAACGUCAAACCGGCCAUUCCUCCAGAUUUCACGCUCCCAGCCGCCUACACAGUGACAAACGUUCCGCCUUUGCACACCAAAAUGACCAGUUUCGCCACGGAGACUCUGCUCGCAAUCUUCUACCAGUAUCCACGUGACAUCAUGCAGGAGAUAGCUGCGAACGAGUUGUACAAUCGAGACUGGCGAUGGCAUACUAAGCUGCAACAAUGGAUGAUGAAGGAUCCCGAUCUACCGCAGCCAAUGCGCAUCUCACCAAAAGAAGAGCGUGGCUGGUACCUAUUCUUCGACGUAACAAAUUGGAGGAGAGAGAGGAGGGAAUUCGAACUCAACUACGAUCACCUAGAUCAGCGUCACGGACCCGUGAUGGCACCAGCACAACAGAUGUAAUGGUGUUGGGCGUUCUGGGCGGAAGAGAGCCUGGGACAUGUCAAGGUGUAGCACAAUGGGAUUGGAGUUCUGGCUCACUGGGUCCAGAGUCCAGAUGGACUUUGAUGUGGACCAUGGACUGACUGACAUUUACUGCAAUGCAACAAACUGCUGCCGAGAAGGCUGCCGACUGCGAAAGAGCUUUGACACGAUGUUGAAGUGAAGAUGGGUUGCUGUGAUUUGGGACCUAGUGAAUGAAAGAAGUCGCAGAAGGUGCCU